CUGCGCUCCCCGCCCCUCGCAGGCACUGUUUUGGUUCCGCCUCUUAGUUCACGCGGAAGGCACGGGCCGUUGGAAUCUCAGUAAGUCCGCAUGGAAACCAAUUCUAUAAGUAGAAGAUACGAAACAAGGAGAAGCACUAGGGCAAAAGAACUAGCUAAAUCUCGGGUAGAUUGGAAUCGGACUAAAAGAAGUAGACUGCUUGACAGCGAGGAAGAGGAGGAUGAAACCACAUCAGCAUCAGAAAAGGAAAUUCAAACCAGUUCAGACGAUGAAGGGGAGGAAAAAGAUGAAUCUGCGGCUAAUGGAAGCAAAGAAGAAACAACAGUUAAUGGGAGUAGCCUUCCAGGUGUUGAGGCAGGCUGCGAUGGCUCAGCAGCAGAAGACAGAGAAGAAGAAAGCAUCAUCCCAGGAAAGCACAAGAGGUCCCGAUCAUCUGUGAUGUAUGAUAGUGAUACUAGUGACGAGAGCGGCAUUGUUAGGAAAGUGUUUGCUAAGCGCAGUUGCAUAAUAGAUGAAGACUUGUCCACUGACGAGGAGCAGCAAACAUCACCUGUAGAAGAAGCAACAAAAAGAAAACAGAAAAGGUUGAUGAAGCUGCAAGAACUUUCCCAACGGCGAUCGACUCGGGCGUGGAGUGACCGUAAUCAUCAUGAGGAUUCUGAAGAUGAUGCCGUAAUAUUAGAAGAUACCUAUCAGCCAUCCCUCAGCCCAACUGAAAUCAGUGACUCAGCUGAUGAUGGUAGCAUGAAGGAUUUCAUUGUGGAGGAGGAAGACGAGGAAGACAAUGAGUUGGAACAAGAGAAAUCUGAGAAUGGUGAAAGCCAGCCACAAAAGGAGAAACAUGCUGUGUCAAGCAAAACACUGUUGGAGCAUUAUGUUCCAAGCUUGCAUCAUGUUGAUCCUUGUACCCACUUGCAAAGAAUUGUAAGGGCCUUUCUCAUCAAUGCAGCUGAUGACACCUUUUUGAUCUCACUAUAUGCAGGGGAAAGGCAUAAGAAGUAUGCACAAGAGAUGCUGAGUUCACUUCAUUACUUGGAUGACCGCUUUAUUCGACCCCGUCUUGAAAAUUUGCUCUCCAGGAGUCGUUGGAAAGAACGAUAUAAGGAACGUGUGGAUAAUUAUCCUAAUGUCUGCAUAGUUUUUGGAAGCGCAGAGAGACGUUUUUGUCAGGCCUGUGAACUGCAGAGGUACUGCAAACUUACAGUGAUUCUGUCGGGACAACAGUACAAUAGUGACACAAUGGAAAUAGAUGACUUCAUGUCGCAUGACAAACAGAGAUUAAAGGUUGGGAGUGUGUGUGGAGGUCGUACCCAAGUUUAUCACAAUCUGAAGCAUUUUAAAUACAAGUUGUAUCAGGACUGUUGCUCUGUUAUGAAGAAAGAUGGAUAUCAGGAUGAGCCACUUAAAGAUACAGUGGACAGAGUCUUCAGUCAGUUGUAUGAAGAUGGCUGGAUCCAUAAGCACUAUACAGAUCUUGAAGACUACAUGAAUGAUGCCGACUUCUUCCAAGAGGAAAAAAUGGACUGAGUGUACAUAUUGCAUCGUUUGAAGAAGAGUUUUUAUAUGCCUCCUUUAUAAUGGUGAUAGCAUUUGAAGACAUUCCUGUGUUUUUGCUCCUUUUCUUUUACUCUGAAGUGUAAUUAUGGCCUGUAAAUUAUGGAAAUGAGUAGAUUAAUGGUCAUUAUGUUUCAUUUUAAUUAGCAGAGUUAUUAAUGAAAAAAAAGUUUUAUAUUGGUAGUAGUAUGUUAAGUAUUAAACAUGCUGGCCUAAAAUAAAAAAAAACCCUCUGAAUAACUGAAGUGUUCAUUCAGGAACUGGAUUUUUUUCUGCAGCAAUGCCCGGGUGGAUUGUGUCAGUUUUUGAGAAAUGUUUAGCACUAGUUCCUCUUUUUGAAAGAAGAAUGAUCUACAUGGUGAGAAGUCCAACAGAGUGUAAGCUGCAUGCUGUUUUCUAGCACAUUUUUAAAAAGUUGCUAUAAGCAUCAAACAUUUUUAUAGACCCUGGUAAAAAAAACAGGGCAGUAACAGAUUAUCUCUCUAAAACCAGCAGGCCAUCAUUAUUUAUGCAUCCUGGAGACCCAGAAUUCAUAGACUAACGUGUAGCCAGCACAGUUGGUGGAGAGGUGAAAAAUCUCUAGCAUUAUUGGCAUUUACCGAUGCAAAACAGAAGUGGCAAAUCCGGCUGAGUGUGAAGCUGAGCUUUGCUGAAAUACGUAAAAAUUGCUGUGGGAGGAAAGUAUACGUUACAGACAUCAUUGGGACUGAACAGAGGUUGCUGUUUCGGUUUCAUAUAUUUGGGUCUGCUUCCAUUUUGGAAAGUGACUCAGACCUCUGGGGAUGUCCAAUGCAUCCGGCAAGGAAUUUAGAGGCUCCAGGCUACCACCAUUGUUUUUCAUCAUUAAACAGGAAAUAAUUCCUAGAUGGGGGAAGAUGACUGAAAUAUUGAUGGCCUAGCCCAUUUGAGAUAUUGAGUAUUUAUUUAAAAAUUUUUAUCUUGCCUCUGGAUAACAACAAAAUAAAACAAUAAUGUAUCUGCUUCAAGGGAAAAUAACUAGGGUGAGUACAUUGAAUGCUCUAAAGUCCUUGUGGAUAAGUAAGUUGGGCUGUUUUGCUAUACUUGAAUUGUGGAUAAGAAAUGCGUCACCAAGGGGCCUCUGUAAUCUGUACUAAUAGGUAAAUUGCAGUUAACAGUCCUGUAUACGUUCCCACACUUAAAUAACUAAAUAGGUGUUUGUUUCUGUUUAUUCACUUCUGCUGUCACUGUACGUGUAAUUUUACAUAAGAAGGGAAUACAGCCAGGUUCUAUCUCGGAUGAAAAUGGAACUUAAGUUCAGAGCGAUAGAACGGUAGUGGCCAGAUUCUGAGAGGGCCACCACUUGCUUAUUAGCUUCACAGAACGCCAUCUGGCCAGUGGCACAAAUAGCACGUGGAGUUAGAUGGGCCUUUGGUCUGAACUUGCAAAGCAAUUUGUCGAUAAAAUCUAUUCACCAGGCGUUGAAGAAUCACGGCUACCACUACUGGUUUCUGCUGCCAGAAUUAAAAUGGAGGUAGAAGCGUAUAAGCAGGUGUGGAAAAAUGAACGUGUGGAAUAGCAGUAUAGUGGGGAAAGCAGCACACAUCUAUGCCACAAACCCCCUGACUCCGUGCACAGCUUGAAAUUCCAUGAAGAAUUCAGGAUUUUGUACAUCCAAGUUUAACAGUAAACGGAGAAAUUGAAGAAAUCCUGAAAGUGUUGUGUAGGUUUACCUCCUCUUUAAGUCCCUGGUGGGAUUUACAACUCAGCUGCGCCUGCUGUGAUAGAAGAAGAUGAGUUUUGAAGAGUUUCAAAACCACAGCUGUGUUUAUGCUGGGUAAACUGAGGCAUGUUACGUACCAUUUAAUUGAAAUGAGAUUUUGUUCUCUUGGGAGGAUUCCUGCUCGGUAAGAGGCCACGCCCUUUCCAAGGCUAGUAUUCAAGCCUGGCCCAGAGCCAUGGAUGCCUCAGUUGUGCUGCAGGUUUGAUAAAGAUGUUGAUUCUCAUUUCAGAUAGCAGAAGUUUAUCGGCUUGCAAAAAUGUUUCUCGUUUUUAUCAUGUUCGUUUACUGGUAUAAAACAAUAAAGUCCUUUGUAUCUUGUCCCA